AUGUGGUCUCCUCGGAUCCGUGCAGUUGGAGCCGCGUCCUAUUCACCGAUGCCCGCCGCUCCUAUCCGGAGCGAAUCCAUUGCACUACAAUAUUCGAAAGUCGAUAAUCCGCAUAUGAAACAUAUGACGAAGGCCAUAUGGCAGAGAAGAUUUUCGGAAGCUGACAGAAGUCGUAAAAGAGUAGAAUGGGGAUAUUUCUCGUCGAGCAAUGAGAACCUUUCAUCGACGUUUCUUCUUUUUGCGAAAAAAGGAAACUACAUACCAGAUAUUCGUAAAGCUCGUGCAAUUUCUGCUGUACGUAUUACUGGACGAUGA